AUGAAGCGUCGUCCAGACCACUGCCCUGCUGGACUACGAGGCCUCCGCCAGCCACAACCUGACGGUGCGGGACCCCUUCACCGGGGCCACACGGACACCCACGUCACAGUCGCAGUCACGGACGUCAAUGACAACCCGCCGGAGUUCAGCCGUUCCGUCUUCAAGGGAGACGUGUCGGAGGCUGCAUCACCGGGCCACGUGGUGCUGCAGGUCUCGGCAAGUGACGUGGACACGGGGCCGGGCGGUUCAGUGCGCUACUCGUGUGUCAUGGAGUGUGGCAGCUUUGAGGUGCGUGCCCUGGACGGUGCCGUCACACUCACCAAGGAGCUGGAUGCAGAGACUGAGGCUCAACACGUGCUGACUGUGCUGGCCACGGACUCAGGCAUACCCCAGCUCUCCUCCACCGCCACAGUGGUUAUUGACGUUGUGGACUUCAACGACAACCCUCCAGCGUGGCGCCAGGACAGCUACUCCUGCCGCGUGUCGGCCGAGGCCCAGCCCGGCCAUGUGGUCACCUCGGUGUCUGCCACUGACCCAGACGCUGGUCAGGUCACGCCGCUCAGUUAUGCCAUUCACUCGGGAGACCGAGACGCCAUCUUCAAAAUGGAUCAGCUGACUGGUGUGUUGACGGUGACGGCCCCACACAAGCUCAAGGACGUGGCCUCCCUCACCCUGAACCUGUCUGUGAGUGACGGGGUGCACGCGGCCUUCACCGGCCUGCACGUCUCGGGGCUGGCCUCCAACCACCACGCGCCGAGGUUUAAUCGCACUCUAUAUGAAGCUUACGUGGAGGAAAAUUCAUCUCCUGGCCAGCUAGUCAUCAACCUGGUGGCCACGGACCUUGAUGCCUGGGACCUGGGCAAGCUGCAGUACACCAUCCUGCACCAGACUUCAGAGGGAGCCUUCACCGUGGACAAAGAAGGCAACCUAUACACUGAGACACCUCUGGAUCGGGAGUCCCUGCCCAUGCACAGCCUCAAGGUGUCUGUGAUGGACGAGGGGGGCCGGGCCAGCUUCACGGCGGUGCGUGUGACGGUCCGUGACAAGAACGACAACCCACCAGUCUUCAUGUUGCCAGAGUAUCAGGCGAACAUCAACACUGACGUGGCUCCCAGGACAACCAUUCUCAAGGUCGAGGCCAUUGACGCAGAUGAAGGGGCAAACAGUGAAGUGAGGUACCGCAUGUAUGAAGCCAACAGUUCUGAGGCACUGGAGCUCUUCUUGGUCAACCCCACCACCGGCGAGGUCACCGUGGCACAGACCACCCACAGCCGAGAAAAUGAGGUGUACCAGUUUUUCAUCCGUGGCGAGGACAGCGGCUCCCCCCAGCACCACUCCGACGUGCCCGUCACCAUCUUCCUGCUGCCCCCUCAUGAGAACCCCCCGCACUGCGCCAGGAAGUAUGCACAGUUCUUCAUCAGGGAGGACGCCCCCAUCGGCAAUGUGAUCACGUCCCUGUGGAUGGCGGGGCCACAGUCAGUGCAGUACCUGAUCAUGGUGGACGAGGGCAUGAAGGCAGCCAGUGAGGAGAGGAGUCUGGGGAGAGUGAUGGACGUGAAUGACUGCCCUCCACGCUUCUCUGAGUCCGGCUACACAGCCCUGGUGGCCGAGAACAGCGAGGUGGGCGCCACCGUCACCAUCCUCACGGCCGCUGAUGACGAUGAAGGAAACCAUGGCCAGAUCCAGUACAGCCUCGGCCCCGAUGAAAGCGCUGUAGUGAAGUCAACUUUCCACAUUGAUCCACACACUGGGGCGCUGACCCUGGCGGCCCUGCUGGACCGCGAGACCAUGGCCCAGUACUCCUUCACCGUCACUGCCACUGACGGGGGCCCCAAGCCUCUGUCCACCAGCACAAGAGUCACUGUACUGGUCAAGGACUACAACGACAACCCUCCAGUGUUCACCAAAGACACUUACGUCACUGCUGUGCCUGAGGACACCGCCACGGGCACGGCGGUGAUGGAGCUCAGCGUGACGGACGCCGACGAGUCUGUGGCCGAACUUGACUUCUUCAUCACCGGCGGCGACCCUGACGGCCAAUUCCUGGUGCACGCCUCAGGGGAGGUGUACGUGGCCGGUGAGCUGGACCGGGAGAGGCACGCCGAUUACACCCUCACCGUCACCGUCACCGACGGGAAGUUUACGGCCAACACGACUGUUACUGUGACAGUCAUUGACAUCAACGACAACGGUCCGGUGUGCAAGGAGCCAAUCUACCGUCGGGAGAUCUCUGAGGAUGCCACCCCAGGCACCCAGGUGGCCUCUGUUGUGUCCUGGGAUGCCGAUGAAGGCACUGCUGCCUGGAGCCGCUACAUUCUCACCGGGGACAGCGCCCACCACUUCAGUAUUGACCAGCUGAAUGGCCACGUGGCCACAGCCACCCAGCUGGACAGAGAGGCACGGGACCACUACCACCUCACUGUUGUGGUGGAGGACUGGGAGCACAAGGCCUGGCAGUGUGAGGUGGUGGUGGAGGUCCUGGUGACGGACACCAACGACAACCCCCCGUCCUUCUCCCUGGCCACCCACGCCGCCACCCUGCUGGAGGACGCGCCCAUCAACACCAUCGUCCUCAAGACGUCUGCCACGGACCCUGACCUCGGCAUCAAUCGACGGCUGCUGUACAACUUUGUGGACUCAGCGGAGGGCCACUUCACCAUUGACGAGAUGGAGGGUGUGGUCAGCCUGGCCCGGCCCCUGGACCGUGAGACAAGGGACUCCUACAGCCUGACAGUGUGCGCCGUGGACCAGGGAAGCCCACCGCUGUCAUCCACCACGCAGCUCAUCGUCACAGUCUCAGGUCUUCGUGGAGGUCGAGGACGUGAACGACCACAUGCCCCAGACGGAGGAGCCCGCCUACCACACCUACGUGGCCGAGAACCUGCCGCCGGACACCUCCGUCAUAGCGCUGCGGGCCUCGGACGGCGACCUGGCGCCCUCCAACAUCUCCUUCGCCAUCACCAAAGGUAACCAACUGGCGCGCUUCAAGAUACACCCGCA